ACUAAAAUUUUUAAAGAAAUAAAGAAUUGAUUAAUAAAAACGCAAAUGUUGGUGAAAGUGAAAAGUGGGAAUGUGAUAAAACUCAUUGAUAUAAACACAGAUACCAGAGCGAAAGAUGUGCGUGAUUUCAUUUGUUCAAAAUUCGGCAUUGCGUACAAUAUCUCAAUAAAAUUUCUGGACCGGGAUAAAGUUCCAAUAGAGGAAGACCAAAUAGUAUCUACAAUUAAGCAGUUUGGAAGUUGCUCCUGUUUUUUGCUAGAAAUUUUAGACAAAGCAGAAAAUAAAUUCAAUGACAAGGCAAUAAGCUCUAGUUUUGAAGCUAUCGGAAAUGAAGCAUUAUUGGACUUUCUUAAGGAAGGUGAUGGUGCUCAUAUACUGGAGGAAUACAACCAAACAAAAACAUUAAGUGAUGCCUCACGCCGAAUAUUGGUGCGUGAAGCUGUAAACUUUCUGCGCAAAGUUUGUGGUAAUUAUCCAUCUCGGCAACAAAAAAUAGCUCUUGCAAAAGCCAUUAUCGCCAAUUUUCCAGUUUACAAAUGCAGCGCAAGCGAGAUAGGAGGAAUUGAUCUCUUUUACAAUCCCGCGGAAAAUUCAGGAUACCUGGUUUCAAAGCUAAAAAAUUUUAAUAGAAAAAGGCGCACGAAUCUUAGCCAGAGUUCAAGUGAAUCAAAUACAGAUGGACGUAAGAGCACAGCAGAGGAAUUUGAUGUAGAUUUCUUCAGAAAUUGUGUCGUUGGAGGGAACUCUGAAGAUAUAAAGCAAAAAUUGAAAACAACGCUGAAUGAGAGAAUUCGAUAUUGCACCCUACAUCUUGAUGUUUUGAAAGCUUUUCCGAUUUUUCGAUACGAUCCAUCCCUGAUUUCAUUCGAUUUUGAACUGCGCUACAAUCGUUUAAUAGCCAACAGCCUAAUUACUUCUUGGCGAAGUUAUUUAAAAUUCACAGGAGACGUUUUGAAAGAUACUAUUGGAAGCUGUUUAAUACCAGAGUGGUUUAUUGAAAUCAAACCGUUUUUACAUCUGCUACGACUACUACCUUCAUUUACACUACGCUCAAAGGAAAAUAAACAAAAACGAGUAAAUUUCGAAUCAACCAUCAAUAAAUUUAUAAAUUUUCAGAAUAUAAAUACACCCAUAGACGACUUCGAAUUACACAGCAAGCAGCCCACAAUCGUAGCAUCUGGAAAAAGUACGGAGGAAAUUGUUCAGUAUUUUAUUUUAAUUGACGGUAAAGCUUUACAUGUGCCUAUAACAUAUACUUUCAUUGAGGUAUUUGAUUUAUAUUUUAAGUCAUUUUAUGUAUUCCAUAUAGAAUUCGAUCCAGCAUUGUCAAACUUUUUAAAAUUUUUUUCUAAGUUCAUUUACAAAGUUGAACCGAAUGUAAAGUGUUCUAAUCGAGUUCUUGAGAUCUAUAUGAAGUUCAAAAGCAAAAUUGAUGCUGAACGAUCAGUAAUUUAAAAAAUGGGAUAUUUUUGUUUUAUAUGUAAGAAACUCUUUGAAAAAUUAUCAUUUGUUGUCUUUCAUUUAAGA